AUGCCUCUCCUUGCUAAGAAACAUCUCCCAAUCUCCAACAAGGAUCUUUUGUCAUGGAUCUUUGACGAUCCUCAAUACGACAAGGACAAACCUGUCUACAUUGACGCUGCUGACCCAUCACGUUCCAUAUCAUUCAGCCAGGCAAAGGUGUUCGUUCGAAAGUUGGUUGCCGGAUUAAAAGCUGCUGGCUUGAAAAACGGAGAUUGCGUCUGCGUUUCUUCGUUCAACGACAUCUAUUACUCGCUCCUCUUUCUAGGCAUAGUCGCAGCAGGAGGAAUCUUCACCGGCACGAAUCCUUCAUACACGCCGUUCGAAUUGACACAUCACAUCGAGACAGCACACGUCCGAUUCAUUGUGACGGAGCCAGAGCUGCUUCCAAACAUCCAGCAGGCGGCGAGAGAUUGUCAUAUUCCACAGUCAAGAAUAUGGAUCUUCAACGUCCGCGGAGGACAAAAAGUCCCGACUGGGUUCGAAUCUUGGUUGCAUCUCACUGAAUAUGGCGAAAGAGAUUGGGUCAGGUUCAACGACAAGACCAUGUCGACUAGCACCCCGGCGGCGUUCAUCUUCAGCUCGGGAACCACAGGACUUCCCAAGGCGGCAGUAUACUCUCACCACAACCUGGUGGCUCAACAUACCUUGGCCAUCGAGCCUGAAAAGCCGCCAUACAUGAUUUCCCGCCUCAUAUACCUUCCCAUGUUCCACGCCGCCGUUGUCCCCGUAGGUCAUACGACACCACUGAAGUCAGGGGACAAAACAUAUGUGUUGCGUCGUUUCGAACUUGAGCCAUUUUGCGCCGCGAUCCAGACAUUUCAAAUCACAGAGCUCCCGGUGGUCCCGCCGAUCGUGUUGAUGAUUCUGGCGUCGCCAGCAGCCAAGAGUGACAACUUGAGAUCCGUGAAGAAUACACAGUGCGGUGCGGCGUCACUAAACAAGGUCCAUCAGCGGCGCUUCGAAGAGCUCUUAGCCCCAGAUGCGAGCUUCAACCAAGUUUGGGGGAUGACUGAGACGACAUGCGUGGCGUCGCGGUUCUGGUACCCCGAGAACGACGAAACAGGUAGCAUAGGGCGUUUUAUAUCGAAUCUGGAUGUCAAAAUAGUAGACGAACGCGACAACGACGUCACUGCUCCUGGUGCAAGGGGAGAGCUCCUGAUCCGUGGCCCAACAAUCAUCUCAGGAUACUACGAGAAUCCCGCUGCAAAUAGUGCAUCGUUUGAUUCGGAAGGCUAUUUUCGUACCGGUGAUAUCGUCACCUGCGUUACCAAUGACGGCGGCUCUCUCGCGGAUGCAAAAUGGUACAUGGUAGACCGGAAGAAAGAGCUGAUCAAGGUUCGCGGCUUUCAAGUGUCACCGGCCGAGCUUGAGGCGGUGAUCUUGCAACAUCCGGCUGUUGUCGACGUGGCUGUAAUUGGUGUGAAGUUGGAAGACUCGCCCGAUGGUGAGCAUCCGCGUGCUUACAUCGUACUUCGUCCUGCGACCAAUGCCAGUGCGGUGACCGGGACAGAGAUGAAAACUUGGUGCAGCCAGCGUCUUGCAAAGUACAAGGAAUUGACAGGAGGUGUGGUAUUUGUCGAUAUUCUACCGAGAAAUGCGAGUGGGAAAUUGCUGAAGAGAGUCUUGAAAGAAGAGGCUGAGAGGAAAAUCAAGGACACACGUAUCAAGGAGAAGCUUUAA